AAAAUCUGGCAAAUGUCAUACUGAGAUUUAUGAUGUUGUUUUUAAUAGUCAAAUUUUGCAUCAGUAGAAAUGUUUAACUUACAUUUUAGCCAAUCAGCGGUAUUACAUUUGGAUAUAUUGUCGAAUUGACAGUUCUCAAUUGCAACACAUGCUACUAAUGACUAUUAACAACAUUCUAAUAAACAGAUUUGCAGGCGGCAUGUGUCAGAAUUUUGGUCUCGGGCAUAAUUUCAUAAGAGGCUUCUAUUAUAAUUGAGAAUACAUGAUUUUCAGAGCUUGAAGCUGCUUUGUCAGUGUGGACUGUUGAUACUGGAAAUAUGUAGGAAAAUGUUUUUGUGUGUGUGUUUUAUCAGGGAAAACUGGGUCUUACAUCCAUGAGAGUCCACAAAGCUGAGCAGUACUUUAAUCAGACAGACACAGACUGCUCCAUAAAUUCCUGCCCUGAACUGUUAAGGAAAGAUCUGGAGCUGUUGUUCCCCUCAGCGCCCACCACUUCCAUCACAGUUGUGACGGUCACACAGAGGAGCAGUCGGCGUGAGGAGACAGCAGGGCAAGACAGAGCUCAGCUGCUGCACAGAUUUGUGAGUGGUGCAAAGGAGAUGUGUUUUGCUCUUUGGACUGCAGGAUACUGGGCAGACUUCAUUGACCCAACAACAGGAGCUGCUUUCUUUGCAUCUCCAUCAAGUCAAACCACACUGCAGACAGAGGAAGAGCUGAGACAUUUGGGCUUUCACAUCGAGGUGUCGGGCUCCUGCACAGUCAUUCGCCACAUCCUGAGAGGAACGCCUUUGUUUGUGGGGACUGUUUUCACUAACGCGCCUACUCACAGUGCCGCCAUCACCAGACUACAAGGACUUUCAAAUGUACUCGAUGAUGAGGAAUAGGCUUUUUCAUAUUUUAUACAGAACUAAAUUCAAACAAAGGCUUCUUUAUGGUUUGAAGAAGCUUGGACGCUAACGUAUAGUAGUGUUGGUACAUGGUCUGUACCAGUGGAAGGUUGUGCAGAGUUUGUCUUACUGUAACAAACAGCAGCUGGACAAAUGUUAGUAUUACUGAGGACUUGACUGAGACUCUAAUGCAGACCUCAGUGCUGUCUCUGGCUGACAGGUCAAGUUUUAACCCGGCUUAUCCUGCACUACAUCCCGGGAGAAACACACCCAGCGCAGUGGGAAUUUUAUAAUGUGAUAUUUGCCAUUUAGGAAGUCUGUAGGAAACAUUUUAGAGGAUGGCAUCAUCGUGUUUAGGAUAUUAGAAACAUGAAUAUGAAAUGGAAACCUCUCAGAUGUACAGAGGCAGCUGUUGGUAAUUCAUGAAAAGAUCCAGAUUCAAACAUCUUAAGAUUUAAUCAAGUCAAUACUUUUAAUACUUGUAUGUUCUUUUUUUCUCCUUGAUUUGUUGCACAUAAUCUAAAGAAAUAUGAAUACUGUUUGAGUUGAAGCACUACAGUUGUGUCAGAACUGCCGAAUGAAUAAAGUGACUUCUCAUCCCGCUGCAAUGAAA